AACAGUAGUAUUGAAGAAAACUGAAACAAAGGAAAAGAGACAAAUCACGAAAGUUGAGCAGGGAAAGAAUAGCGAUUUCCAGUCGUUGAGAAGAACUGGUUUUUGACGAGAUCACCGAAUUCCAUUAAUUUGCUUGUAAGGGGAUGAGGGGCUGGUACUGGAAACGUGGGUUCCUCUUGUUUUUGAUGAGCCUCUUUGUGGUUUCCCACUCCUCUGCUUCCACUUCCCUUUCAGAUGGUGUCUUUGUAUCUCAUGCUGGCAAUAGGAAUCUUCUCCAAGCCAAAAAAGGCCUGUCCAGCAAACUUCGAGUACAUGAACUACACGGACAUCACGAGCCGAUGCAGAGGACCAGAGUACCAACCCGAGGAAUGCUGCCCUGCGUUCAAGGACUUUGCGUGCCCUUAUGCGGAGUUGCUGAACGAGGUGUCCAACGAUUGCGCAUCCAUCAUGUUCAGCUACAUCAACAUCUAUGGUCGAUAUCCGCCGGGACUUUUCGCCAAUGAAUGUAGAGAAGGCAAAAAAGGCCUUUCUUGCCCUUCACCUUCUUCUUCUUCCUCUUAUUCUCAACAUCUUGUGGCCAAGUAUCGAGGAAGUGAUAAUCGUGUUUUACAUAUAAUGCUCGCAAUGGGAUUGCUCGUUGUGUUGUUUUAGUUGGUCUUGAAUCGUGAAAUUGGAAAUAUGAGUAAAACGUUCUUUAAUUCAAUAUUAUCCUUAUUUCAUGUUAGGGU